AGUACCUGGGCUGGUUGUAUGAUGAGUAUGUCAACUGGACAGGUUCUUGAUUCUCCUCUCUCCAAUAACCCCCAAAAGUCCUUUACUUCGUCGUUUCUCCAUCACAUCACCAAUCACUAGCACCACAUUCUCUCCCUCUCUGUCUUCAUGAUGACGAGGCAGGCCACGCGGUUCACGCCUGAAGUGCUGAUUUCGGCCCCGCGUCGUUCAACUGGAGUCCCAAACUCCACUGGGGAGCUCGUUCUCUACACGAUCUCGUCGUACUCAUUCGAAAGCCACUCCAAGUCGUUCCAGAUCCGUGUUCUCAAUAUCAAAGAUGACUCUUCCCAUCUCGUUUCCGAGGACGCUCAUGUUAGCGAUCCUAUUUGGAUUGGAGAGAAAGAAAUUGCCUUGAUUAGAACAAACGAUAAUGGAUGCUCAUCUCUCUACCAGCAGCAUGUCUUGGAUGGUUCCGAGGCACGCUUGAUCAAAUCUUUUGCAGGCAGCAUCUCUAACCCAAAGGCAAAAGCACUAUCUGAUGGCAAGGUUGCGUUCAUUUGCUCCGCAUUGACUACGCCCAAGGGCAACAUGUAUUGGCAGGCAACCGAGCCCAAGACAUACACAACUGCUAAGAUAUAUACUGGCCUUUUCGUUCGCCAUUGGGAUGCCUGGAACACCGAGAAUCAGAACUCGCUUUGGUAUGGCGUGAUUACCAAGAAAAAUGGUAGAUGGGCGUUUGAGAAUGAUGGGCUCACAAACCUCUUGGCGGGUACACAACUGAGCUCACCUGUCCCUCCUUUUGGUGGAGCAGGGGACUUUGACAUCUCAGAGAAUGGCAUCGCCUUUGUUGCUAAGGACCCAGAGUUGAACCCGGCGAGAAACACCAAGACAGAUCUGUACUACGUACCCAUCAGAUCUUGGACAGACAAGCCUCCUCAGCCACAGAUCGUCAAGACUGGACGACUGCGCGGCUAUAGUAGUGCGCCUACUUUCUCCAAUGAUGGCAAGAGGUUGGCAUUUGCUAGAAUGAAGCACCAGCAGUAUGAAUCUGAUAAGACAAGACUUUUGUUGAUCCCCAACGUGGACGACUUAAGUAACGUUCAAGAGUUUUACCAGACAGACGAUGAUGAGGGCGGCUGGGAUUUGAGGCCUGAUUGGGUCGUUUGGAAAAAAGACGACACCGAGCUGUAUGUUGCGGCUGAGAAACAUGGGAGAUCAAUGCUUUGGAAAUUACCGUCUGAUACUCUGAAAGCUCGUGAUCUUCCCGAGGCCAUUCACAAAGAAGGGUCUGUCGUUGAGGCACACACUCUGGAAGGCAGUGACUCUCUCUUCAUUACAUCCAAGUCGCGAAUCGAGAGCUCGAGCUACGGAGUCCUGGACCCAGAGACCAAGGUUGUCAAAGUGAUCUCCACCAGUUCCAAGAACGGCAAGACAUUCGGUCUCUCCACGUCGCAAGUGACAGAGAUUUGGUUCCCGGGAUCCGCCGGCUAUGACAACCACGCUCUUGUGAUGCUGCCUUCCCACUUCGACAAAAACAAGAAGUAUCCUUUGGCCUUCCUAAUACAUGGCGGCCCUCAAUCAGCGUGGACAGAUGAUUGGAGUACUCGUUGGAACCCGGCCAUCUUCGCUGAGCAGGGCUAUAUAGCUGUGUGUCCCAACCCCACUGGCAGUACAGGAUACGGGCAAGCUCAUAUUGAUGCGAUUACCAACCACUGGGGAGGUGCCCCAUACGAAGAUCUGGUGAAGUGUUUUGAGUAUCUCGAGAACCAUGUCGAUUAUGUUGAUACGGAUCGAGCUGUUGCUUUGGGAGCCUCGUACGGUGGAUACAUGAUUAACUGGAUUCAAGGUCAUGAUUUGGGCCGUAAGUUUAAAGCCUUAGUGUGCCAUGAUGGCGUUUUCUCAACACAAAACCAAUGGUCCACCGAAGAGCUCUUCUUCCCCGAGCAUGAUUUCGGUGGAACAUUGUGGGAGAACCGUGCUGGAUAUGAGAAGUGGGAUCCGUCUCUGCACACUGGCAAUUGGUCCACCCCUCAGCUGGUCAUUCAUAACGAACUCGACUACCGACUGCCCAUCUCAGAAGGAUUGGCCAUGUUCAAUGUCUUGCAGGCUCGUGAAGUGCCUAGUAAGCUCGUCAUGUUCCCUGAUGAGAAUCAUUGGGUGCUGAAGCCGGAGAACUCACUCGUUUGGCAUAGAGAGGUCCUGGAUUGGAUCAACAAGUACAGUGGCAUCGCAGAUGAUCAGGCCAAGCUUGAGAAACAGACUGAGGUGAUGACUAUAUGAAUACGUCUGUACCAUCGAGGAUGUUAUUAGGCUAUUAUAUUAGGGGAGGAGACUGUGUUUCGAGGUAAACACUUGGAUAAGCUUCCAGGUUGGAAACGCGUCAUGACGUGAUAUGAUAGGAAAUCGUAUUAUUAUAUUUCGUCGAUUUAUUAUCCAGUAACUAGAACAAGACUCUCGUGGUAUCUCGUGGAUCUUCGAGGCAAUGGCAGCCUACAUAUAACCAAAGGCUGUUAAUAAUGGUACCACGUGUCUCAGAGCGGCUCAUAAGAUUAAUCAUAAGCUCGCCAUGAACUUGCAACGACCCUAAUCACAAGAAGCGUGAUCGUCGGUACAUGACAACCGAGGUAUGGAUAUGUAAGGUAAAGAAAUUACAAUGCUAUAUUCGAAGGUAUUCUACUUAUUGCAGAGAUGAUCAAAGCUAGUGCACAAUGUAGCAGAAC